UUUCACUUUAAUUUCACGUUAUACUUUUUUCUAUAUAUUCCCAAUGGCGUGCAUUGGUCUACGAGCAAGCAAUGGUCUGCGCGGCCCGCUGCUGCAGUCAGUUGCGUCGACGUUCUACGCGAACACGGCCAAGAAGACCGGUCGGCAUGCCCUGCAGCGGGCAUUUGCACCCGCAAGCGUGGGCUUUGUCAGACACCACUCGCAGCCCCGGGAGCAGCACUUUGUGGUCACCGAAUUCGGGCUUCUUUCAGACUUUGUGCCUGCGCCCCUGAGCCAGCAGCCGUCCAUUUUCAGUAAGGCCGGUCUGACCAGCGUCAAAACGUACGUGGUCGAGUACGCGCGCGAGGUCUUCUCUUGGGUCACCUUGAAGUACUAUUUGUCGGGAUGGAAGACCAAGGAGUUCGUGCCGGCGGCUGAAGAUCUGUACGGCGUGAUGAACGAGGCCUUUGCGCAGGGCAACUUGAAGACCCUGGAGGCCAUCUGCCUGCCCACCAUGUAUGCGAGCCUGAAGAACGACAUUAAGCGCCGCGGCAACGUGUCCUUUGAGUGGCGCAAGAUCAGCUCGGUGAGCCCGCCAAAGGCUUUGCAGAUUCGGUGCGGCCGCUUGACGUCCGAAUUUGCCGUUGGUCAGGUCGUCGUUCGCAUCGACCAGGAGCAGGCUGUGGUGCCUGUAACCGCGAGGAAGGGAUCGGGCGCCGCCAAUUUUUCCGCGGCCAAGCCCGUGCGCGUCACCGAGUACGUCGUCUUCCAGCGCGUCGUUUCCGACGCUGCGUCUCCCUGGCGCAUCUACGGCAAGAUGAACGUGCCCAAGUGGGAUCUGCAGUCUUCCAAGAACUAACAAAACAAUAAAAUUAAACCUUUCUAUACAGCAC